CGUCGCGGACUGCGGAUGUUGAGUUCUUAAUUUGACAUAAAAUGAGUUCUGCAACUCAAACUGACAAUGAGUUGAAAAAACUGUUAAACAAUCCAGCUAAAAAUGUCACGGAUGACGCCUCUAUGGCGCCUCCGCUUUCGACGAACGUUCCACGGCCGAGUACGUCUCAAAAUGUUAAUCCACAGUCAGCAAUGAAUCCCAUGCUACCUGCCUUUAGUAAAAAGGAGGUACUUCAACCGCGUUUGCAAAAUAUAGUAUCAACAGUUAAUUUAGGAAUGGAAUUAAAACUCAUGUAUAUAAAUACUAGAACGAGAAAUUCGGAAUACAACCCUGCACGUUUCACCGGGCUGAUCAUGCGAAUACGAGAACCAAAAACAACAGCUCUUAUAUUUAGAUCUGGUAAAUUGGUUUGCACUGGAGCACGGUGUGAAGAAGAUUCAUAUCUAGCAGCCAGAAAGUUUGCCAGAAUAAUACAGAAAUUAGGAUUUGCUGUAAAGUUCAUGAACUUCAAAGUUCAUAAUAUUGUUGCAACGUGCGACUUGAAGUUUCCCAUCAAGUUGGAAAACUUAAAUCACAUGCACGGACAGUUUUCUAGUUACGAACCAGAGCUAUUCCCUGGUUUGGUUUAUCGCAUGGUCUUGCCAAGAGUUGUACUCUUGAUAUUUGUCAAUGGGAAGAUUGUACUAACUGGUGCCAAGAGUCGUGCGGAAUUACAAGAUGCUUUAACAAAUAUACAUCCAAUUUUAAAGAGUUUUAGAAAACAGUAAUAUGCCAAUAGCCAGAGGCUAUUGUGGCCAAGUUGUUAAUCAUAGAAUAAAUUUUUGUACAUUACAAUCAAUGGAAUAAAUCUGUGAUUAUUUAUUAUAAAAUCGCGUGGAUUAUUGUACUUUUUCUUCAGUAGAACAGGUUGUACGAGAGAAAUUAAAGUCGAAUACACGGAAGAUGACGCAGGUGUGUCAACUGUUUUAAAAUAUAUAUUUUCUCAACUUGGGAAAUAAAAAUACAUUAGCUGUAAUACUCGAUAUCAAAAUAAAAUGCGAUUGAGAAACGUAAUAAAAUAUAUUCUAUUGAUAAAUCAGUACUCUUCUUCUUUAUAAUAAUCUAUUUCCAUAAAAGUAUAUAAUUUAUGUCAGGAAAUUUAUUUAGAAUAACAUAAUCCAGCGAGAUGAAAUGUUGGAUUCUGAAUAUUGUGUGCUUCUUUCGCGUUAGAAUUAAAUAUUUCCGUUCCAUCAGCAAAAUGAUUCUUUCGCGAUAAAAUUGUGUCCGAAUGUUUGCACGCGUUUACCGGAUUUAUCAAUCCUUCUAUCGAUAGUGUUACACCAUCUACCAUUCAAUGCACAUGUAUGUGUAAUAAUAAA